CUAAAAGAAUGCACAACUAUUGAUUUGAGAUAACAGAUAUAUAGAAUAGAAAUGGAAUCCAUCCAAAUAAACUAAUACGAAAAUUUGGUUGGGGAAUCAUACAUAAAACAAUGAAAACAGAACAUAAGAAGCGACCUAGGCAUUUCAUCGAAUACCUGGUGGGCGGUGGCCAGAACUUCAUCCUGCAAAUCCUCCUGAUUUCUUCACGAGAGGAGAGUAUUCUCAUGAAGUCUAAUAUAUGUUCACCAUCUUCUUCCCACUCAUGCCUCCCAUCUCUUCACCAUAAUCCUACACCUUCCUUUCAAUCCUGGCCUAACUAUAAACCCUUCUCAUCUUCACCCCUGUUUUCUCCACUUUCAAUCCAAUCCACUUUCACUUCACCCAAAUCCUCCAUUCCUGCUGUAACUCCAACUGAAGGAUCAAUCCCUGUCAUCAACUUUGAGGAUUUCGUGGAGAAAGAUUGGUCAUUUCUUGAUGCUGAUGAUAUAUCUUCCAACCAAGUUUACAAACAAAACACUGACCAAAUCAUAUCUUCUGGGAAAAUUUCUGAGGAUUCAAAGGUUCUAAUUUCAACAGGAUCAGAAGGGUUUGUUCAUAAAGUGAUUGAUAUACAUUCUUGCAAACAAUUAAAAACCAUGUGUUUUAUUCAACAUAGAUUUGACCCUCCUUUUCAAACUACUUCCACCCUAUUUUAA